UCAGAGAACCUGCGGUACAGCCUAUCCGCGGCAUUGGAAUAUUCCACGCGCUCCGGUCAUGAAACUCCAAUCAAACGGAUUUAAAAGCGAUGAAGGCAAUUCUGUUGGGAAGUUGUUGAACAUUUGUUUUCCGAGAACAAUGGGGAAUAUUAACUCAGUGUCAUCAUCCUGCCGAAGAGAUAUCAUGGAACAAUGGUUCUUCUUUUAGAGUACUUUUAUUCUGCCCCAGUCGAUUUAGGAAGACUUUGGUGAAUGUGUUUCGUUUUCAACGGUUUCUUUGGAUUAUAUAGAUACCUGUAUAUCUUUCUGGAAUCUGGAUUUAGAAUAACACCGCAGACUAUUCCGUUGACAGGGUGGACAUCACAUUUGACUGGAAUUAUUCAUCCCUAUCUGUAAUGCCUCUCUCGGUGAUGGGGUUCCUGACCUUCAAAGCCCAGUGAUGCUAGCCAUGAAUCACUACAACCUCUCCGGGCCCCCGGGGGCCCUCGACCCCCUCUCCAACCUCAGCCAGUGGGACACGGAGAUGGUGGAAAUGGAGAGUCUGGCUCACCAGGGGAACCUCACCUCGGACAAGCCUAUGUCCGGAGGCCCGAUCGCAGCCGCUCUCUCCAUGACCCUGGGCGUCAUCUCCAACAUCGUGGCCUUGUUCAUCCUGGCCAACGCCUACUCCCACCAGCGCCGACGCUCCAAAGCCACCUUCCUCCUCUUCGCCAGCUCCCUGGUACUCACAGACUUUUUUGGCCACAUCAUCCCGGGAGCGCUGGUCCUCCGGCUUUACCUCUCCGGAGGGGUGUUCCCCGAGGCGGUUGCCGCUUCCUCAAACGGCUCGACCGACCCCAUGUGCCAGUUCCUGGGUGGAUCUAUGGUGUUCUUCGGUCUGUGCCCGCUCUUCCUGGGCUGUGCGAUGGCCGCCGAGCGCUGUCUGGGUGUUACGCAGCCACUGCUCCACUCCUCCUUAGUUACCACCACCCGUACCAAGCUGUCCCUCUCUGGGAUCUGGCUGGUGGCCCUCUGCGUGGCCCUGCUGCCCUGUUUCCAGCUGGGGUCAUACACCUACCAGCACCCCAACAGCUGGUGUUUUAUCAAGGUCUUAGCUAACGACACCCAGGAAGCGGACGUAGCCUUCGUUACGCUCUUCUCCGGGCUGGGCCUGACGUCGCUGGGGGUGGCCCUGGUGUGUAACACCAUCAGCGGGCUGACCCUGGUUCUGGCCAGGCUGAGACGGAGGCCAUCGGGCUACUCAUCGUCCCACAGCCACCGCUCAGUGGCCAAGAGCCAUGAUAUAGAGAUGGUGGUGCAGCUGGUGGGCAUCAUGGUCACGUCCUGUAUCUGCUGGAGCCCUCUGCUGAUCUUCGGGCUCAUGUCAGUGAUGCGCUCCUAUAGGGGCUCCAUUGAUAAAGCUGACAUGGCCACCUACGAGACGUUGAAUUUGAUGGGCGUGAGGCUGGCUUCCUGGAACCAGAUCCUGGACCCCUGGGUCUAUAUCCUGCUGCGUCGGGCCGUCCUCCGCAAGAUCUACCUCAUCACCAAGCGCCAGGCCGAUUUGAAAGGGAGUGUGCUCCGACGCUGGGAGGGGAACUCGUUUCAGAGCAAGAGCUCGGAGAACAAUCCCGUUAACAGGAUAUGAGAUCAUAACCAAGCAGCAGGCCGAUUUGAAGGGGAGUGUGCUGCUACGCUGGGAGUGGAACACCUUUCAGAGUAAAAGCUUGGAGAAGAAUACAGUCAACAGGAUAUGACUGUGUGACCGACGGUGUUCGAGUGAGUGCCAGAAGAAGACAGCAUUAGCCCGCUAAGCUAAAGCCUAGUAUUGACCAGGGAGCCAAAGCAACUCUUUAGGUCUCAGGCAAGGUUACUCAUCAUGCAGCGAGCGUGGUCCUUGGUACUUUGUGGUGGUCACCAACAGAAAAAGAGGGCAUUUCUGUUGUCACGUAUAGUGAAGGAUACGAUGCUCUGAAAAAUGAGGAUGUUCUUCAGCCAUGGCAGUAUCUCUCAAUCUUCUUCAUCACAGUGACUGGCAAGCUAAGAUCAUCCUCCUUUGGAUAUCUCUUAAAUUAAAACUAGGAAUUGAGUACGGACAUACCCGGUGUCCGAGUACGGUCUAUUGGACCAGUCAGUCUGCAUUAUCGCACUGACCGAGAGUUGAGAAACACAUUAUCCCAAGGACCGAGGGUUGGGAAACACAUUAUCCCAAGGACCGAGGGUUGGGAAACACAUUAUCCCAAGGACCGAGGGUUGGGAAACACAUUAUCCCACAGAUGGAGAGUUGAGAAACACAUUACCCCACAGAUGGAGAGUUGAGAAACACAUUACCCCACAGAUGGAGAGUUGAGAAACACAUUACCCCACAGAUGGAGAGUUGAGAAACACAGAUGGAGAGUUGAGAAACACACUUGCAUAGUGAGUAGGUUGAAGCAUAUGAAAAUGUGCAGCUAUAUCAGCACAGGUUCAUCUUAGAGAUCAGAAGGUCAAAGCCUAGCUACAUAUCUUCAUGAAUAGAAUGAAACGCAGAUGAAUAUCACAAUUCAUUCAACUGAUUGGAUCUCAUUUGUGGAACGUUACAUUUGAUUGUUCUGAAGUCUGUUGGUUAAGGUUUAACAAUUACAUUUUAACAUCAUCGAUGUCUAACGAUUCCAGAACGAUUCCAAAAAAACGGAGUUGUAUGCUAUGUAAAUGUUUUGCUACGAUUAAGAUUGCUUGUUAAGUAAAGGGAGAACUAUGAUUUUUCCUGAGCUUCUGAUGUAUAAAAAUGCUACUCCAUGUCAAAUAUUGUACAAGUUAUAAAUAUUUAUUGCUUUUCCUCAAUUCUCUGGGGACGUAUAAAGAAGUUAUGGAAUGUAAAGCAAUUGAAUGUGAUAAAAUAAAGAAGAAUGUUUUGACUGAAUUAGA